AGAGCUUUUGUCGUACAUCGCUCGUUUACUUCAACUUGCUUAUUAUUUUACGCUCGUAGGACUAAUCAAACCAAAGAGAUAAAUAUAAAUAAAAAAAAGGGAAAUAAAUAAAAAUAUCUUCUUCUCCUUUCAUUGAUGUGUACGCUUCACCUCUAAGCUUCGUCUCUUUGGAAUAUACCCACAAUGCGUUUCAACUAGAGAUUCACUCUUCGUAUCUCGUCUUCGUGAUGAAUUGUCGAUGGAGAUGAUGAGCUCAUCUUCUUCUUCUACUACACAAGCUAUAUCAUUGAGAGAGAUGGGGAUGUAUGAACCGUUCCAACAGUUGUCUGGUUGGGAAAAUGCUUUCAACACUAUAGGUAGUAGUAAUCAGAACAACAACAACAAUCCGAGUUCUUCCACAGUUCCUGAGGUGGAUGCUAGAGCAGACGCAGAUGAUAACAAUAAGGCGAACUAUACUUCUUUGUAUAAUAACUCUGUUGAAGCAGAACCUUCUAGUAACAAUGAUCAGGACGAUGACCAAAUCAAUGAUAAGAUGAAACGGAGAUUGGCUCAGAACCGAGAGGCUGCUCGCAAAAGCCGUUUGAGAAAGAAGGCACAUGUCCAGCAGUUAGAAGAAAGCAGGUUAAAGUUAUCACAGCUCGAGCAGGAACUUGCAAGAGCUAGGCAGCAGGGAUUAUGUGUACGCAAUUCAUCAGAUUCUAGUUAUCUUGGACCAGCUGGGACCAUGAACACAGGAAUUGCUGCAUUUGAGAUGGAAUACACACACUGGCUAGAAGAACAGAACAAGAGAGUGAGUGAGAUUAGAACAGCGCUCCAAGCGCAUAUCAGCGACAUUGAGCUCAAAAUGCUCGUCGACAUUUGCUUAAACCACUACGCGAAUCUCUUCCGCAUGAAAGCUGAUGCUGCAAAGGCUGAUGUCUUCUUCUUGAUAUCCGGGAUGUGGCGAACUUCAACCGAACGUUUCUUCCAGUGGAUUGGAGGUUUCCGCCCUUCCGAGCUCUUAAAUGUUGUGAUGCCGUACAUUGAGCCUUUAACCGAUCAGCAGCUCUUGGAGGUGAGAAACUUACAACAGUCGUCUCAGCAGGCAGAGGAAGCUCUUUCUCAAGGCUUGGAUAAACUUCAGCAGGGGUUGGUUGAAAACAUUGCAGUUGACAUAAGAGUUGUUGAGUCUGUGAGUCACGGAGCUCAAAUGGCUUCAGCUAUGGAGAAUCUUCAGGCAUUGGAGGGUUUUGUGAACCAGGCGGAUCAUCUGAGAAAGCAGACACUGCAGCAAAUGAGUAAGAUCUUGACGACAAGGCAGGCUGCUCGAGGGUUGCUCGCUUUAGGAGAGUACUUCCACAGGCUCCGUGCGCUGAGCUCUCUUUGGGCAGCUCGUCCACGGGAACGCACUUAAACAAGUUUUAGGAGUCAAAACAAAGAGAAGAGAAGCACAAGGAAGACGAGUCAAACCUCCAAUGAUGUUAGCUAGGGACUUGUUUAUCUAUCUGUGAGUGCAAGUGUCUGGAGAUGUAGUAGAGUGAUUGAUUCUCCAUUAGAGCAUCAUCUUACUCAUUGAUGUUUUUGGUUUUGCUUAAAUGAAUUCGUUAGUGAAAUGAAUAAAGGUGUAAAUUUGGGUGGAAAACAUUUCAAGAUGUUAAUAUUUGUAUUUAAUGUAAACCUCAAGUCUGCUACGAA